AGCUCAUAUUAUUAGAAAAUUGUGAACAUGAAAACCUAGAAAAUGUUGAAGAUAUAAAGUAGAUUGGAGGUAUAGUUGGGGAUGGUAGUUAAAUUAAAAAACAUACGUAUGUAAGUGGAAAAAGAUAACCAAAAACAAAUUUUACUCUAAAUUAGAGAAGUGAAAAAAAAAAAAUCGAAGCAGGUUCGUUUCCGGUUUUGCAAAACCGACGCCAAACCCGAUCCAGUGGCAAUCCCUCGGACCCCUCACAAUUAGGGGAAAAGAACUAAAACGUUUCGUUUUUCCAGUGACAGCAGCGGCAGACCGGCGUUCGGCAGCGGGUUGAUUGCCCUCAGUAUAGCACUCGCACCGUAUCACUGCUGCCGCAAUAUCAUUGCUGUAUAUUCAGGUAAGAGUUCUGAUUCCCCAAAAAAGAAAAGAUGGAUGAGAGUAUGAAGCAAUUCCAGCAAAGCUUGGUUGAGCUUGAAACUGAAGCUGAGCAUCUCCUUUUAGCCCGCCACCAGGUGGUUGAAAAUGAUAAAAUAAGGAAUGGGAACAGGGAAGCGUUGACUGCACUGAGAAAGAGAGCUCGGACAACAAGAACUAGUGUUCCUUCUCCUUUUGAGUCAAUAAUGAAGGAUAUUGGGAGGUCUGCUUCAAAGCCUUUGGUGAAGGAGGUGUGUGCUACAUGUGGCAACCAUGACUCCGAUGAGCGUACAUGGAUGAUGUUCCCAGGAUCCGAUGUCUUUGCUAGUAUUCCCUUUCAUGCUGCUCACACCAUCUUGGAGACAGAUCUGCAAGUUAAGUUGGCAAUGCUGCUGCUACUUGGAGGCCUUGCUGGAUCAAGAACGAGUUGACUAUGAGGCUAAAAAACUGCAAAGCUAUAUAAAGGAGAAAUCCUUUCUUAUCUCAGAAAAAGGUGCCCUUGCAGACAAGAUUAGUCCUGGUGUGCUGAGAUCUCUGGUAGCCCUAACAGACAAACCAAAUUAAAGCUCUGCCUCACAAAAUAUUUCAAUCUUUGUUUAUUUCAAUUUAAGAAUGAUAAAAGGAGAAAUUUACUAAGAAGGGAAAUGUGUAUGAAAUAGUUACACCUGGGAAAGUGAGGCGUCCUCCUAUAAGUAACAAAGAGGUGUAUUCCCAUAAGUGGCAUGUGAAAGUUAAAAGAAAAUUAUGACAUACAGCCUUGAAAUUAUGCUGGACGCAGUGACACUUUACCAAAAAGAAAAUGUGCAUUUUUCCCAUCCCCUCCAAGUAGAGAUAAGAAUAGAGCUUUUGUAGUUCUGCGCACCUUCUGAAGCUUUUGCAUUCAACUGUUGUAAUAUGACAUAUGACUGUUUUAGUGCCUUUCGGGAUUGCUUUUUCCAGCA